AUCCCCCCGCCCCCGCCCCCUGGAAAUGGACACCGUCGAGAAGAUCGUCGAGGACUUCGCCUCGGACAUCGCCAUCAGCUCCUUCUCCUCCGGCACGCGCCUCCGGGACAUGAUACGGGCGAUACGCGCGUGCAAGACGGCGGCGGAGGAGCGGGCGGUGGUGCGGCGGGAGUGCGCGGAGAUACGCACGGCCAUCAGCGAGAACGAGCAGGAGCUGCGGCACCGGAACAUGGCGAAGCUCAUGUUCAUCCACAUGCUCGGGUACCCUACCCACUUCGGCCAGAUGGAGUGCCUCAAGCUCAUCGCCGCCGCGGGAUACCCUGAGAAGCGGAUCGGCUACCUCGGCCUCAUGCUGCUCCUCGACGAGCGGCAGGAGGUCCUCAUGCUCGUCACCAACUCCCUCAAACAAGAUCUCAAUCAUUCGAACCAGUUCAUCGUGGGGCUUGCACUGUGUGCGCUUGGGAAUAUCUGCUCUGCUGAAAUGGCGCGGGAUCUGUCGCCUGAAGUUGAGAGGCUGAUGCGUAGUAGGGAAGUUAACACAAAGAAAAAGGCUGCUUUGUGCUCUAUAAGAAUUGUGAGAAAAGUCCCAGACUUGGCAGAAAACUUCAUGGGUCUCGCUUCAUCGCUAUUGAAGGAGAAACAUCAUGGGAUUCUGAUAUCUGCAGUUCAACUCUGCACAGAACUGUGUAAAGCCAGCAAAGAUGCACUAGAGUACCUGAGAAAGAACUGCAUUGAAGGUUUGGUCCGCAUACUGAGAGAUGUCUCCAACAGCUCUUAUGCUCCUGAAUAUGACGUUGCUGGCAUAUCAGAUCCUUUCUUGCAUAUUCGAGUUCUUAAACUGAUGCGCAUUUUAGGUCAAGGAGAUGCAGAUUGCAGUGAAUAUAUGAAUGAUAUUCUUGCUCAGGUUGCAACGAAAACUGAGUCAAAUAAGAAUGCUGCUAAUGCCAUCCUGUAUGAAUGUGUUCAGACUAUAAUGGGUAUCGAAGCUACUAGCGGUUUACGAGUGCUUGCAAUCAAUAUUUUGGGUAGAUUCUUGUCAAAUCGUGAUAAUAAUAUAAGAUAUGUUGCUCUGAACAUGCUUAUGAGGGCCAUUACCGUAGAUACUCAGGCAGUACAGAGGCACAGGACGACAAUACUGGAGUGUGUAAAGGAUGCAGAUGCUUCUAUUCGCAAGAGGGCCCUUGAACUUGUGUAUUUGUUAGUCAAUGAUACAAAUGUAAAGCCUUUGACUAAAGAGCUUGUGGACCACUUAGAUUUAGCUGAUCCAGACUUCAAAGAAGAUCUCACCGCCAAGAUAUGCUCAAUAGUUGAAAAAUUUUCUCAAGAGAAGUUAUGGUACCUUGAUCAGAUGUUCAAGGUUUUAUCCUUGGCUGGAAAUCAUGUGAAAGAUGAUGUAUGGCAUGCCCUCAUUGUUGUAAUAAGCAAUGCAUCAGAACUUCAAGGAUACUCAGUGAGGUCAUUAUAUAUGGCUCUACAAUCAUUUGUUGAUCAGGGAAGUUUAGUAAGAGUGGCUGUUUGGUGCAUCGGUGAAUAUGGUGAAAUGCUAGUGAACAAUGUUGGCAUGCUGCAAGGGGAGAAACCUAUUACGGUAACAGAAUCCGAUGCCGUGGAUGCUGUACAAAUCGCUCUUAACCGUUACUCUGCUGAUGUGACUAUUCGAGCUAUGUGUCUUGUUGCUCUUUUGAAGCUAUCGUCACGAUUUCCAUCAAUAUCAGAGAGAAUACAGCAAAUAGUUUCCCAUAAUAAAGAGAAUAUUGUGCUUGAACUACAGCAAAGAUCAAUUGAAUUCAGUUCCAUCAUGCAAAGACAUCAGUCUAUCAGGCCAUCUUUGCUUGAGCGUAUGCCUGUAUUGGAUGAAGCUAGUUAUUUGCUGAAGAGGGCUAGUACUACACAGGCAACUCUUGCAGCAGAUAAGCCUACCCCAGCAGUCACUCCUGGGGGCCUUAAGCUUCCAAAUGGUGUAGCAAAACUUGCCACCAGUCCUUUAGCUGAUUUGCUUGACUUAAGUUCUGAUGAUGUGCCAGCCGUUACCACUGCCUCCACCACUACAGCACCUAACAACUUCCUAGAAGACCUUUUGGGUAUUGGUCAGAUAAAUGCAUCAACUGCAGGUGCACCUUCAUCUGCGAGCACAGAUAUUCUUAUUGAUCUUCUAUCCAUUGGGUCAUCGUCAUCACAGAAUGGCCCACCAGCAGCAGGCUUUAGUCCACCUUCCCAAGUUGGUGCUGUUGUACCUGAAGCUACAGAUCUGCUUGGUAAUUUGUCAUCAAGUACACCUGUUUCUGGGACCAAAUCCACUCCUGCAGUACCUCAAGAUAUAGAUCUGCUUGAUGUUCUGCCAUCUAAUACAUCUGUUUCUGGACUUGAUAAUCACUCAUCAAUAACGGCUUUCCAGAGUGCAACCUUAAAGAUCAACUUCGAUUUGAAAAGACAGCCUGGAAAACCACAAGAGACUGCCAUCCAUGCUACUUUUACAAAUUUGACGUCCACUUCUUAUACAGAUUUUGUUUUUCAGGCAGCUGUUCCAAAGUUUAUCCAGUUACGUUUGGAUCCAGCUAGCAGCAACAUUGUUCCAGCUAGUGGCAAUGGUUCAGUCACUCAAGGGUUCAGUGUCACCAAUAACCAACAUGGGCAGAAACCACUUGCAAUGCGUAUCCGGAUGUCUUACAAAGUGAACGGUGAAGACAGAUUGGAACAAGGCCAAGUCAGCAAUUUUCCUCCUGGACUAUAGUGCUCAGUCAGUGCCAUUUUGUUGUUACAUUAUUGUCGUGAUGAUAGUUAUCUCCAUUUGCGUCCCUUAUUCUUUCUGUUCUCUGUACGUCUGCAUCCCCUUCAGAGGGGGUGGUUCAUCAAAUAGUUUUUAUUUUUGCUCAUUCAUUCUUCCUAUAUAUUGUAUAGUAGAAAGGAACAAUUCAUCACCAAGAGCAACUCCCGAAAAUUCAUGAAAAAUUUCUCAUCCUCCCUUGAUUGGAGAAGGCUGAUUACCUUCUGUUGAGGCAGCUGGGAUGCAAGAUUGGUCAUUGAGAGCAUCUCCAACAGCAUGACUACUUGACUCUAAGCUAAAUUUUACUAUCUUGUACAAAAUUACUC